CGUCUUCCCUUUUAUAUCCUCCCCUUUCAUCAGGAGUCCCCUCCACAGCUGCGAGUGUAACUCGAUUUAGAGUGAAACGCGGUGGUGAAGUGGUAGUGGUUAGGGGCGGUUUGGGAAAGGGCCACAGAUAGAAUUUAUAGAUAGAUACGUGUUUGUAGCCAGUUGGGAAACCACGCCCCCUUCACUGUCCUGACUGUACGUCGGAUUUCCCAUACACUCCUAGCGUUUGCUGCACCGGGGGAUGGAGUAAACGGAAAAGACAACAUGGAUCCAGGUGAAGAAACCCCCAGCAAAACUGUCGACAUUUAUCGCGACACCUGGGUCCGCUUCCUCGGCUAUUCCAAUGAAGUCGGGGAGGCCUUUCGUGCUCUGGUGCCAGUGAGUUUGGUAUGGGGCAGCUAUGCUGUUGCCACUGCAUACGUUACUGCUGAUGCUGUGGACAAAGGGAAGAAAGCAGCUGCGGCCCAUGGGGACAACCCAGGGAGGACGACACGUGUUGGCGUAGCAGUGGUGGACACGUUUGUGUGGCAGGCCCUCGCCUCAGUGAUCAUCCCAGGCUUCACCAUUAACCGUGUGUGCGCUGCGUCACUCUACCUGCUGGGCAGAACCACCAAGUGGCCUCUGUCUGUCCGCAAGUGGACAACGACGGCUAUCGGCCUCUCCACCAUCCCCUUCAUCAUCACCCCAAUAGACAGGUCGGUGGAUUACCUGCUGGACUCGAGUCUCCGGAAAGUCUACAAUGAGGACGAGAAGCACCAAUAACGAGGAGCCGUGCUGGACACACGCCCCUUCCCGGUUGAGAGACCAGUCGAGUCUACGCAAACCUGUGCUGUUGAUCCACCACUGUGAAGCACUCAGGACUUGUAAAGAAGGGAUUUGUGGAGUAAGAUUUCACAGUUAGUCAUGCUAAAGUAUUUCAUGUCUCAAUAUAAAUUCUUCAUCAGUAGGUUUAGUUGUUAAAAGUGAAAUCCUGCUUUGUGAUGCUGUAUAUUCCUUAACCCGUAACCUCUCAGGGCAAUCUGGGUAGUGUUUCAAUAGGAAUGUAACUGUACGUGCAGGGAUACUGUAUACCGUUAUAUUCCUGUGAUCAUGAAUACAGACAAAGCCUCCGAGGUUGCCCUCAUGGGCUAGAGUUAUGAGCUGAUUCUCUGUCUGAUGGAGCCACAAAGUCAGAACAGACAGUCACAAUGUCAAGACAUUAAUUACAAAUCCGCCAUAUUCAUUACUGUAAUGGCCAAUUAGCCACAAUGCUCCUCUUAUUCAUUUCGUACUGUCACAGUUUUUUUUCAUUGUUUCUUUCUGUUACUUGUUUGUUUUAAAAGUGUCUUUCCAUUGUUUCACUCUACCUUAUUACUGUUGGUCAAGGGACUGUCAAGAUUUGCACUGGCGGCAUUUUACAGCAUGUUACAAUCCAUAUGAGUCUUUAUUUAAUGUUUAGUAUUGGUUCUAAUAAACUUUUACAAAUACAAUAUCAAAAGACAUUUGUUAUAAAGUACAGUAAUGUCUUUUAUUGCAAUAAGAAACACUGUCAGAGCCACUCGGCUACAGGUUAUCGUGAGAGAGUUUGGCUAAGUUACAACUGAAAAAUAGUCAACGCAAUUGCUAGAUAAUCUGUAAGCCAUAGUUGUAUAAAGUGAACGUGAGAGGUUUUUCCUCCUUGACGCAGAACGUUAAUAUCAAGUAUAAGUACAUUAAAUUCAGUGGUGCACUUCUCAAAUACUUGUGAAGGUCAGUGUAAUAUCUAUGCAGGGAUUGGUUUAAGGGACUCUUUUAGCAAUACACAGAUAGUAUCUUUAUGUUAUUGGCAAAAAAUAUAUAUGCUGUAUUUAAUGCUGAACUAUGCAAGGAAAAAAAAUACAUUGUUCACAAGUGUUUUGCAAAGGGAUUUUCGUUUAGUUUUUGUGUCUUUUAGCAUUUUCUUUUUCAUUUGUCACGUCAUGUAUCUGCUGUGUUAACUUUCUUGUGGAGAAAGACGCUGAAAAGAGAACAUCUACAUGCUGUUGGUUAAUGCUUAUUCAGUAGCUCUUAAUCUGGUUAUAAGGCUACUUAAAUUGUCUUAUAUAUAUAUCUAUAUAGAUAUAUAGAUAGAUAGAUAUAUAUAGAUAGAUAUAUUUUUAUUGGCUCUUAAAAUUAUUGAAACACGUGUCCUCAGGGUUGCAGUGAAUGUAGCUUUCGAUAUGAUCAUCCACAAAUGUAACGCCUUUAUUUUUGACUUGUAUAAGGACAGUUGGACUUGUCGAGCAGGAAAAGCACAAUAACAUGUACUGAAGAUUACAGUAUCAAUACCUUAUUGGAUUAUUAAUGAAACAAUUGCUUUUUCAGCUAAGACAUGUCAACAUAUACAGUAUAUGUUUAAUCAUAUUUGAUGUUAACAUUUCAGAUUUCACAUACAAUUCUGCCGUCACUUUUAUUGGUGCAAAAGAUAAAGUAGUUUACUUUUUUUUUACCUUCUUCACUCUCUUGAUGUUUUUUUGUGUGACAGUGUUUUUCGGAAGUGGGUUCAAAAUGAGUCACGUUUUUUCAGCCUUAACUGAAAAAGGAAAAAGUAUCAAACCUCAAGCUGAGUUUCAUGUGCUGAUCUUACAAAAAAAUGGAGAUUAUUUUCCAUAUGUGAAAGUUUCUGUUGAAAGCUGAAGCCUCGUGCUUUACGCCUAAUAUUCAGUAACACUCCCUAUGUUGCAUCAUGUGAGACACUGGAGAACAACAACUUGUGAAUCUGUCGUGAAAUAAAUAAAUUAUAUGAUUGAAAGAAA